CCCCCAUCUCUUUAUCCUCAAAACGGUUAUAUCAAUGGCAAGCAAGAUCUUGAUCAUCGGAGGGACUGGAUACAUCGGAAGGUAUUUAGUAGAGGCAAGCCUCAAAGAAGGGCAUCCAACUUUUAUUUUGACAAGGCCAAGCGCAACCAACGAUGAAGAAAAAACCAACUGUCUAAAGGAUUUCAAAAGUCGCGGUGUAGAACUGGUUUAUGGAGAUCUAGAUGAUUAUGAAAAGUUGUUGGAGGCAGUGAAGAAAGUUGAUGUUGUGAUCUCGACAGUAAGUGGGAAAUCCGCAGCUGCGCAAGGCAAACUAAUUGAAGCCAUCAAAGAAGCUGGAAAUGUCAAGAGAUUUUACCUUCGGAAUUCGGAAUUGAUGUGGACCAUGGGAUUUUGGAUGGACCGGUCGACCCAGCCAAGAGCAUCUUUGAGGGAAAAGCGGAAAUCCGUAGGAAGAUCGAAGCUAAAAAUAUCCCACAUACUCUUGUAGUAUGCAAUGGUUUUGCAAAAUAUUUUCUGCCCAAAAUCGGCCUAAUGAAGACCGAAAAGGAAAUCACCAUCCUUGGGAAUGGAAAUGUGAAAGUUGUUUUCGUCAAAGAAGAGGAUAUAGCAUUGAUUACUAUCAAAACAGUCGAUGAUCCACGUACCCUAAAUAAGGCCCUGAUAUUCAGACCUCCGGGCAAUACAAUGUCAUUUAAUGAAGUUGUAUCCCUAUGGGAAAGCAAAAUCGGCAAGACCUUCGAUAGGAUAUAUGUUACCGAUGAGCAAGCUCUCAAAGAAAUUGAAGACUCUCCCGGCAAAAACAUCAUGUCGUCUAUAUCAUAUUCGACUUUUGUGAAAGGAAGUGCAACCAGUUUCAUAAUUGAACCUUCAUUUGGUGUGGAGGCUAGCGAACUCUACCCGGAUGUUAAUAUCACCACAAUCGAAAAAUAUCUUGACGAAUAUGUUUAAAAUAUUUGUUUCAUUUGGCAUUAAUAAUCACAUGUCAUGGUUAUUAUUUGGUAUGCUUUUAUCUUGCGGUGUGUUAUGUUGUUAAGUUGUUUUAUGCUGCAACUUGUUAUCUUGUCGUAUGUUUCA